CUGUCUACAGCUCUGACUUCGAUCCCAGAAAAAAAAGAAAAACCUUUUUCUUUCAUCUGGGUAGAUUCUGAAUCACGUCCAAUUGCUUGCCCAGAUUCAGAUUCAGAUUCAGAUUCAGCAAUAUCCGCAGAGUUUCUCUUCUGGAGAAAAGGCAGAGAGGGUUUAGCGAUCCGCGACAAUGGCGACUCGGAACUUAGAGAAGAUGGUAUCCAUCGACGCGCAGCUUCGGCAACUGGUUCCUGCCAAAGUUGGCGAAGACGACAGGCUUGUGGAGUAUGAUGCUUUGCUCCUGGAUCGUUUCCUCGACAUUCUCCAAGAUUUGCACGGCGAGGGUCUCAGAGAAACGGUUCAAGAGCUUUACGAGCUUUCGGCUGAGUACGAAGGAAAGCACGACCCGAAAAAGCUCGAGGAGCUAGGGAGUGUCCUGACGAGUUUGGAUCCCGGGGACUCCAUUGUUAUUGCCAAGGCUUUCUCACACAUGCUUAACUUGGCCAACUUGGCCGAGGAAGUGCAGAUUGCUUACCGUCGUAGGAUCAAGAAGCUGGCAAGACGCGAUUUCGCCGAUGAGAACUCAGCCACAACCGAGUCAGACAUAGAGGAAACUUUCAAGAGACUCGUGGUGGAUCUGAAGAAGUCUCCUGAAGAGGUUUUCGAAGCUCUCAAGAAUCAGACAGUGGAUCUUGUCUUGACAGCUCAUCCUACUCAGUCUGUCCGAAGAUCUUUGCUCCAGAAGCAUGGGAGGAUAAGGAACUGUCUUGCUCAGUUGUAUGCAAAGGACAUUACCCCUGAUGACAAGCAAGAGCUCGAUGAAGCUCUGCAAAGAGAGAUUCAAGCAGCAUUCCGCACGGAUGAGAUCAGAAGAACACCUCCGACCCCACAAGACGAGAUGAGAGCUGGAAUGAGUUAUUUCCAUGAGACGAUCUGUAAGGGUGUCCCCAAGUUUCUUCGCCGUGUGGAUACAGCUUUGAAAAACAUAGGGAUUAACGAGCGUCUACCUUACAAUGCCCCGCUGAUUCAGUUCUCUUCUUGGAUGGGCGGUGACCGUGAUGGCAACCCUCGGGUUACCCCAGAAGUCACCAGGGACGUGUGCUUAUUAGCCAGAAUGAUGGCUGCUAACAUGUACUUUAAUCAAAUCGAGGACCUUAUGUUCGAGUUGUCUAUGUGGCGUUGCAAUGACGAGCUCCGUGUACGUGCUGAUGAACUUCACAGGAAUUCUAGGAAAGAUGCAGCAAAACACUACAUAGAAUUCUGGAAGACAAUCUCUCCAAGUGAGCCAUAUCGAGUGGUUCUUGGUUAUGUCAGAGACAAACUGUACCAAACAAGGGAACGUGCCCGUCAGUUACUGACUACCGGAAUCUCUGACAUCCCCGAGGAAGCGACUUUCACUAACGUGGAACAGUUCUUGGAACCUCUUGAACUAUGUUACCGAUCACUCUGCUCAUCGGGUGAUCACCCCAUAGCUGAUGGAAGCCUUCUGGAUUUCUUGAGGCAAGUCUCUACCUUUGGGCUCUCCCUUGUCAGAGUUGACAUCAGGCAAGAAUCCGACCGCCACACCGAUGUCUUGGAUGCUAUCACCAAGCACUUGAACAUCGGUUCUUACAGAGAAUGGUCCGAGGAACGCCGCCAGGAAUGGCUUCUCUCCGAGCUACGUGGAAAGCGUCCGCUUUUCGGUUCUGACCUCCCAAAAACCGAGGAAAUAGCCGAUGUCCUCGACACCUUCCAUGUCAUAGCCGAGUUACCGGCUGACAGCUUUGGAGCUUACAUUAUCUCGAUGGCAACUGCACCUUCCGAUGUCCUGGCCGUUGAGCUUUUACAGCGUGAAUGCCGCAUAAAACAACCACUGAGAGUUGUUCCUCUCUUCGAGAAGCUUGCUGAUCUAGAUGCUGCGCCUGCCGCUGUUUCGAGGCUCUUCUCGAUAGACUGGUACAGGAACCGUAUUAAUGGAAAACAAGAGGUUAUGAUCGGUUACUCGGAUUCGGGGAAAGAUGCUGGCCGGUUAUCGGCUGCUUGGCAGUUGUACAAAGCUCAGGAAGAGCUCGUGAAGGUCGCAAAGGAAUACGGGGUGAAGCUAACCAUGUUCCAUGGCCGAGGUGGCACAGUCGGGAGAGGAGGUGGUCCGACUCAUCUUGCUAUAUUAUCUCAGCCACCAGACACCAUUCACGGGUCACUCCGUGUGACGGUUCAGGGCGAAGUCAUCGAGCAGUCGUUCGGAGAGGAGCAUUUAUGUUUCAGAACCCUCCAGCGUUUCACGGCUGCUACUCUUGAACACGGUAUGAAUCCCCCGGUUGCACCGAAACCUGAAUGGCGUGCCUUGCUAGAUGAAAUAGCAGUUGUUGCAACCGAGGAGUACCGGUCUUACGUUUUCCAAGAGCCUCGAUUUGUCGAGUACUUCCGGCUUGCUACACCCGAGCUGGAGUACGGCCGUAUGAACAUUGGAAGCAGACCCUCGAAGCGAAAACCGAGCGGAGGUAUUGAAUCUCUCCGUGCUAUCCCAUGGAUCUUUGCAUGGACACAGACGAGAUUCCAUCUUCCCGUAUGGUUGGGAUUCGGAGCAGCGUUUAGACACGCGAUCCAGAAAGAUGUAAGAAACCUCCAAAUGCUGCAGCAGAUGUACAAUAACUGGCCAUUCUUCAGGGUAACCAUCGAUCUCGUGGAAAUGGUUUUCGCCAAGGGAGAUCCCGGGAUCGCUGCGUUGUACGACAAGCUUCUCGUCUCGGAAGAACUGUGGCCCUUUGGAGACAAGCUCAGAGCUAACUUUGAAGAGACCAAGAACCUCAUCCUGCAGAUUGCAGGGCACAAAGAUCUGCUGGAAGGAAACCCAUACUUGAAACAAAGACUGCGUCUUCGAGACUCAUACAUAACGACACUCAACGUAUGCCAAGCCUACACGCUGAAGAGGAUACGUGAUCCAAACUAUGACGUGAAGUUGAGGCCUCACAUCUCGAAGGAGGUCAUGGACUCGAGCAACCCAGCUGAUGAACUCGUCAAGCUUAACCCUAUGAGCGAAUACGCUCCUGGGCUUGAGGAUACCCUUAUCUUGACCAUGAAGGGUGUUGCCGCCGGCCUUCAGAACACCGGUUAAUCCCUUAAAAAAAACCCGAUUUUUCUGCGGAUGUUUCUCGUUAUCUCUCUCGGAGGUUGUUCAUCUCGAGGGGGCUCUCUCUUUUUUUUCUUCUUCAGAAUGGAAGUAAUAAGUUAUACGGCCGAGGAUACUGUUUACAGACAUAUACAUAUCGGCCGUCUGUUGUUGUGUAAUCUUAAAUCUUAAUGUACGAACUCUGAGACCAUCACUCUCUUCUGUUUCUGCACAGAGAGAAUGAGAAUGAAGCGUAAGUCUGGACUUUCCUUUUA